AUGGCUGAUAAGGAUUUCAUAAAGUGUUAUGUCUCAUUUGUAUGGAUGCUUUGUGUAAUAUUGCUCUCAACAACUAUUGUUGGUGCUUAUACUUUCAAUAAUAACUGUAGCUCUGUUGAGAGGGAAGCCUUGAUUUCCUUCAAACAAGGCUUAUCAGAUCCUUCUGCUCGUCUUUCUUCCUGGGUGGGUCACAAUUGUUGUCAAUGGCAUGGCAUAACCUGUAAUCUCAUUUCUGGAAAAGUCACCAAAAUUGAUCUACACAACUCAUUCAAAUCUACCAUUUCUACAUCCCUUACCAUUUCUGCAUCAUCUUCUACCAUUUCUCCAUCAUCUCUUAGGAUUAUGAUUAUUAGUGGGGGUUAUGAACAACCAUGGAAAGAUUCCGAGGAUUUUGUCCAAGUAUUCCAAAAGACUUGUUUGAGAGGGAAAAUGAGUUCUUCUCUACUUGAGCUCAAAUAUCUGAAUUAUCUGGACUUAAGUCUAAAUAAUUUUGAAGGUGCUCCAAUUCCAUAUUUUUUUGGGAUGCUCACGAGCCUAAGGUACCUCAACCUUUCUUUUGCAAAUUUUAGUGGACAAAUUCCCGUUUAUCUAGGAAAUUUAUCUAAUUUGAAUCAUCUAGAUCUUUCUACUUGGAAACUAGAGAAUUUCGAUUGGCCUAAUUUGCAUGUUGAAAACUUGCAAUGGAUUUCUGGUCUUUCUUCUCUUGAGUUCCUUAAUCUUGGAGGGUUUUGGACAACUUUCAAACUUAGUCACGUUCAGAAAUCACCAAAAUUCAUGGAAAAAUAUAACCAGAACAGAGACAGACUUAGUAAAUUUGACAAAGUUGGAGAUCUUUCACCUCUCGACAAAAAAUACACAAGAAUUUGUUUUCUCAACAUCUCAUGCGAUUGGAUUCCUCCAUUCAAACUGAAGGUUCUUUAUUUGGAAAAUUGUUUCAUUGGCCCACAGUUUCCAAUUUGGCUUCGAACUCAAACUCACCUUAUUGAGAUCACUCUCAGGAAUGUGGGGAUCUCAGGCUCUAUACCAUAUGAGUGGAUUUCUAACAUAUCUUCUCAAGUCACUAUAUUGGAUUUGUCCAACAACUUGCUCAAUAUGAGAUUGUCCCACAUAUUCAUCAUAUCUGAUCAAACUAAUUUUGUUGGUGAAAGUCAAAAGCUCCUCAAUGACUCAAUUCCCCUUCUUUAUCCCAAUCUAGUAUACUUGAAUCUACGAAACAACAAACUGUGGGGCCCUAUACCCUCAACUAUCAAUGAUUCCAUGCCCAAGUUGUUUGAAUUAGAUUUGUCUAAGAAUUACCUUAUUAAUGGUGCAAUUCCGUCGUCCAUUAAAACAAUGAAUCACCUUGGAGUAUUGUUAAUGUCAGACAACCAACUUUCAGGAGAGCUUUUUGAUGAUUGGAGUAGACUCAAAUCAAUGUUUGUUGUUGAUUUAGCCAACAAUAAUCUACACGGAAAAAUUCCAAGCACAAUAGGUCUAUCAACAUCGCUCAAUGUAUUAAAGUUAGAGAACAACAAUUUGCAUGGAGAAAUUCCGGAAUCCUUGCAGAAUUGUUCGCUACUCACGAGCAUUGAUCUUUCAGGAAAUAGAUUCUUAAACGGAAACUUGCCUUCAUGGAUAGGAGUAGUUGUGUCAGAGCUACGAUUGUUAAACCUGCGGUCUAAUAAUUUCAGCGGAACCAUUCCAAGACAAUGGUGCAAUCUUCUUUUUCUUCGUAUAUUUGAUCUAUCAAACAAUCGUCUUGUUGGAGAAGUUCCAAGUUGUUUGUAUAAUUGGACAUCUUUUGUCGAAGGCAACGAUGACAUUAUUGGAUUGGGAUAUUAUCAUGAGGGUAAGAAAACGUGGUAUUACUCGUUCGAAGAAAAGACAAGAUUGGUUAUGAAAGGUAUAGAGUCUGAAUACUACAAUAAAGUUCUCGAGCUUGUUCUGACAAUAGAUCUUUCAAGGAAUGAAUUGAGUGGUCAGAUUCCAAAUGAGAUAACAAAGCUCAUUCACUUGGUUACUCUAAACUUGUCUUGGAACGCUCUUGUGGGUACCAUUUCAGAAAGCAUUGGGGCCAUGAAAACUUUAGAAACACUGGAUCUCUCCCACAACCAUCUUUCUGGAAGGAUUCCCGAUAGCCUAACAUCUUUAAAUUUCUUGACACAUUUGAAUAUGUCAUUCAACAAUUUGACAGGAAGAAUACCGACGGGUAAUCAGCUUCAAACACUGGAAGACCCAUGGAUCUAUGAAGGCAAUCAUUAUCUAUGUGGGCCUCCUCUAAUUCGGAUCAAGUGUCCAGGUGAUGAGAGUUCAAGCAAUCUACCAAUUUCAACAAGUGAAGGAGAAGAAGAUGGCAAAGAAAAUGACUCGGCAAUGGUUGGCUUCUAUAUCAGUAUGGCAGUUGGUUUUCCAUUUGGCAUCAGCAUACUGUUGUUUACCAUUUGCACAAAUGAAGCGAGGAGAAUAUUCUACUUUGGCAUUGUGGAUCGUGUCAAUUAUAACAUACUCCAAACAAUUGCCUUUCUUACAAUUGGUCUGAGGAGAAUGAUUAUAUGGAGACGAUGA